AUUCCUUGCGAUUUUUUUCUUAGCUCAUGUUGUGACUCUUGUGGCAGAGAUAUAUGAGAUUUGAUAAGGAAGUUUGGCGUUAGAUUACUUUCCUCUCUCGUGGAGUGUUUGUGUGGCGAAUUUUCACGUGGAGAAGGAAUUGUGUUGAGGUGUGAGCCUACAGAGGUACAGCCAAGUAGUCUGCAGCAGUGCGAUGUAGUUAAGAUCACUCAUCUGGGUGACAUCCUGCUAACGAGCUUUCGUCACACUGAGGAGAGUUUUCUUGCAGAACAUUUUCCCACACAUAAGGAAAAUUCGUAUGCGCGCGCGUUCUACAAAUAGCCGCGUGGUUAGGGAAGAGAGUGAGAGAGAGUUUGAGAAAGAAGAAAAAAAAGAGAGACAUUUAACCAAUUAUUUGACGAAAAUAAAUUUGGUUGGAUGUAAAUAAAAUUUGAAGAAAAUGUGGUGGAGAUUUUUGUGAGUUUGUGGAAAAUUGUGGGAGAAAAGGAGAGCGAGAGAAAAUGCGGAGAAGAUGAAUGUGAGACGACACAGUGUUUAUAAUGCUUUUGAUCGACUAAUCUGGAUUUAUCUAAUAUCUGUUCUGUGGUGUGAGUGUGUUUACGAGGAAACUAUAUACAUGAAUUUUCUUUCUUUGAAAAACGUGCUAUCUAAUCUUACGCGUAGAUACUUUAUAUUAUGUUAGAAAAACCAAAUCGUCAUUGUUAUCAUCAUACACCAUCAUUGUCUGGUGGUGGGUGAUCGCAGGCAUGAUCGUGCGGUGAGUUUAUUUGAGAAAAGAAGAAGGAAGAGCAAGAGAAAAAUCGCCAUACGUUGGAGAACGGAAAAAUCGACAGGAAAAGUCGAUACGUGUGUGGUGUUUAAGACAGAGUGCGGAGGAGAAAAGUCGAAAGAAAAAAAACGAGAUCUUUUUAAAAAUACAACGUGAUCGCAGACGAUCGCGGAUCUCUGGACAUGGGAUUCUCCGCGCAGUGCUAAGGCCGCAGCCCGGAGGAAAUGAUAUUUUCAGCCAGGAAAUGUAUUAUAGGUGGAAGUUGAAAAGUACGUUUUGGAAAAUCAAUCAUUUCCGAUCAUUUCAGUGAGAAGAGAAUCUUAAGAGUUGCAAAAGAGAAAAAAAGAAACGAAAAGAAGAUCUCUUUCUGUGUCCAUCCAAUUGAGGAUGAAAAUGUGAUCAUUUUGUGGUGCUUUUCCGCAUUAUUUUCUUUAUUUAUUUGACCUAUUUUUGGAGUGAUUUUUGUGUGUUCCUUGUGUGCUUUACGCAAAGACUUCAUUCAUUUUUCAUUUUGCCUUUUGUGGCCUUUUUCCUCGAUUGGUUUUUAUCAAAAAUCUCUCUGUGUAAAAGGAUUAAUUUUUCUCUGAAAAAGAGAGGAAAGUUUGUGUUGAAGAAGAAGCAUUGAAAGUGAUAAUAUUUUUGUGAAAGAAUUUUGAAAUGAAAUAUUAUUUAUGAUGCUAUGAGGUGAUUUUUUAUGCGCGUGCCAUGAAACAAUUUUCGUUUAGGCGUUAUGCACGAAAGCAGGGAAAAAAAUCGAGAGAAAUGUUUUCAAAAAUAAAGUGUCGCAGCAGUGCCAAGAAUUCCUUCCCAAUGUUUUAAAGCCAAUCAUCACACACAAAGUCCCAUUGGGGAAGAAAAUCAUUUUCAUGCUGAUCACAUUUUCAUCAAUUCGUCCCUCUAUUGCAAGCAAAAUGGCAAAAGUAAUGCAGAAAGACAUCAUGUGGAUUAAUUAAUUUUUGGGGGAAUGCAUAAAAGAAAGAGAUCAUCCCUUAUGAAUCGUCCAAGGGGUAGGAGAAAGUGUACGCUAUCGGUGAAAUUGUUGAAUUUAGUUAUACGUCUUCGUCGCAGAUUUUCCUACAAUUUAUCAGCAACAUCAUCGUCACAGAAUCAACAACAUGUCGUGGAGAAUGGCUCAAAUGGGGGUAAUGUUGAAAAUCUCAGUGGAUCAAUUUGUCUCGGGAGUGGUGAUGUGGCGACAGGAGGCACAAAUGUGCGACAUUCGGCGAAUUUCUCUCCAUUUGGUGCCAUUUCUCGUCCCCUCGAUCGUGGCCACAAGCACGCCUCCCAUGGAAAUUUGUCGCCGCAGGAGAAUGCUCUAAUUUCGGGUGGUAGUGGCCCAUAUUCCAGUACGUAUGGCGAUGAGCAGAGUGUGGCCAUGGCAGCGGUGGGUGGCAAUGAAGUGGAUGGUACAAAAGUGGCCAUGGCGCUCACCACGACGUCCACGCGUUCAACCCUCCUGCCAUGGGGUCAGCAUACACGUUCCACAAUUGCAGCCAGUGGGAGUGGUUCGGCGUCUGCUGCCGAUGUGGCCAGUUCAAGUAGUGGGAGCGCAGAUGCAUCACUGCGUCCAGGAGAGAUUGUCAUGCGAUCCCUUUUUGCGGAUUUUACGCAACAGGCGGAGAAAAAGAUUGAAUCAGUAAUGCUUGAGGGCUCGGAGAAGAAUCUCUCGAAGCUCCUCCAGCGUGGUGAGGAUUCUCAAUUUGAUCAAUUACUCUCAGCUUUGGGUUCUGUUGCGGAGCACUGUCUCCCCUCAUUGCUGAAUACCCUCCUGGCGUGGCAUAAGCGUCAAUUAUCCGAUGCAGAGAUUAAGAAUGAUCUCAAACGAAUGGAAAAGAUGAAGUCGAGUAUGGAUAUUGAGUUGCAGCUCCAAAGGAGGGAGUCAGCCGUGGAAUUUAUCUUCUGCCUCGCCCUCAUUGAGAUUCUCAAGCAAUUGCCCUUCCAUCCGGGGCAUGAGGAUAUAAUAAAGAACAUUGAGAAUCUCGCCUUUAAGCACUUCAAGUACCGCGAGGGGCUGCAGACUAAUCCAAAUGCCCACAAUAUUCACAUGAUUGCCGAUCUCAAUGCUGAAGUUGUGGGUGUUCUGGCACAGAGUCGCUUCAGCUCCGUACGCAAGAGAUUCAUGUCAGAGCUAAAGGAGCUGCGUGCCAAGGAGCCAAGCCCUCAUACAACACAAAGUAUUAUUAGUCUACUCAUGGGGAUGAAAUUCUUCCGGGUUAAGAUGGUACCAAUUGAGGAGUUUGAAGCAUCCUUUCAAUUCAUGCAUGAGUGCGCUCAAUAUUUCCUCGAAAUAAAAGACAAGGACAUCAAGCAUGCAUUAGCUGGGCUUUUCGUGGAAAUUCUCGUCCCCGUUGCAGCGGCUGUAAAGAAUGAAGUGAAUGUGCCGUGUGUGAAGAAUUUUGUGGAUCUCCUGUAUUCCCAAACGUUGGAUGCUUGUACAAAGUCAAAGCAUCGCUUGGCACUUUUUCCGCUUGUUACGUGCCUCCUGUGUGUGGCGCAGAAGACAUUCUUCCUCAACAAUUGGCACUACUUCCUGGCUAUGUGUUUGAGUAAUUUGAAGAAUCGCGAUGCAAAGAUGAGUCGUGUGGCCCUUGAGUCACUCUAUCGUCUUCUCUGGGUCUAUAUGAUACGCAUAAAGUGUGAAUCGAAUUCAGCAACGCAUUCCCGCCUCCAGAGUAUUGUGAACAGCCUCUUUCCGCGUGGCUCCAAGUCGGUGGUGCCAAGGGACACCCCAUUGAAUAUUUUUGUGAAAAUUAUCCAAUUUAUUGCCGCCGAGAGGUUGGAUUUUGCCAUGAGGGAGAUUGUUUUUGAGCUCCUACUCGUGGGACGAUCGAUAAAGGUGAUAACAACUCCGGAGAGGAUGAGUAUUGGCCUGAGGGCAUUUCUCGUGGUGGCGGAUUCGCUGCAGCAAAAAGAUGGUGAACCACCAAUGCCCAGAACUGUUGGCGUCCUGCCAAGUGGGAAUACACUUCGUGUUAAGAAGACUUACUUGAAUAAGAUGCUUACGGAAGAUACAGCUCGCACCAUUGGUAUGUCCAAUUACUUUCCGCACGUGCGACGGGUAUUUGUGGAUAUGCUACGUGCCCUAGAUGUGCACUGUGGACGUCCACUUAUGAUGACAAAUACACAAAAUGUCAACAAGGAACCCGAUGAACUCCUCACCGAUGAGCGUCGACCCAAAAUUGACCUCUUUCGCACAUGUGUGGCAGCAAUACCACGACUUAUUCCAGACAAUAUGACCGGUCAUGAACUUGUGGACUUGCUGUCACGCCUAACGGUUCACAUUGAUGAUGAACUGAGGGGUCUGGCCUAUCAGUCACUCCAGACCCUCAUGAUUGACUUCCCGGACUGGCGACAAGAUGUGAUACAUGGCUUCACACAAUUUCUCGCACGUGAUGUCGCCGAUGUCUUUCCGCAGUUCGUGGAUAAUGGAUUGAGAAUGCUUGUGAUGUUCCUCAAUACAUGGCGUAAUGCUGUUGCAAGUAAUACAUUGGGGAAUCCAACAAAUGCCAUAAGUACGAGUAAAAUCAGCACAAGUUAUUCCACGAAUACGGUGAAGGAAGCUCCAGGAUUUGUGCAGCAGCAGCAUCAGCAGCAGCAGCAACAGCAGCAAAAUGCAGCGAGUACCACGACAUCCAAUUCAAGUGGAAAUUCCAGCGUGAAUUCAAGCGGUGUCUCGAGUAUAACGCAACAAUCAACGGCGACAGUUGUUGAUGUUGCACGGAAAUCGAAUAGUAUGGAACAACCACUGGGGACUACGUUUCAUCUUGUUGAAGGUCUAGCGCUCAUUGUGCUAUGCAAUAGUCGACCACAGCCGAGGAAAUUGGCUGUACAUAUCAUGAAGGAGGUGAAGAAUCUCAAGAAGGCACUCGGGUUGCCGGAAACGGAGCCACCACUCAUCGAUGUCAUCGACAAAUGUUGCCCUUCCUUGAUGGAUAAAUGUCUACCGAUGCUGCCACAAGCAGAACGGGCAGCAAUGCUGGCGGCCAAUGUGAUUGAUCUGCAAUGGAUUGCAGAUAGAACAAGUGGAAUUUGGUCCAUUGGGCAUACGGAAGAUGUCACAAAAGCAUCCACAUUAACGUUGAAUCUCUCACAGAGUAGUAGCGCGGCAAGUCAGCAAUUUGAUCCGUGGGUGGUGCUCCUUUUUGGCUUUAUGGAACGCAAUAGGGUACUUCAGCAGUGCCCAUCGGUUGUGGCACAAGCCUGGCCUGUUUGCUAUCAACGAGUCACGGGGCUGUACUCCGUAAUUGAUCCAACUCCUGUGAGUGACAAUCGAGCAUCGCUUCUGAGAAGUUCAGCUCCACCGAAGAAGAACCCUCUUGAGAAUCAGAGAGAUUCUCUGGCACAUUUGUGGAAGAAUCAAGUAGCAAUGGCCAUGAGGGUUGUACCGCCCAUUCCCAGUGUUGCCGUACGGUGUGCAUCACCCGAUUUAAGUCUCAGUCUGCAUGAGCAUUCCGAUUCACGGUCGUUGUCUGAUUCUUUGGAUAACAUACCGUCAAAUGUAUUCGGCCCGGAAGGAAUGAUUACCAGAUUUACUUUACCACUCUCGUAUGGACGGAAAGAUUUUCGUAAUAAGCGGCAAGGCUCCUCACCGGAUUCUCUGACGGCUGAUCGGAGUGAUAAGUCGGGUUCGGCUGCUUCCACAUCACCCGUUGCUCUGUACAAAUUGGUCGUACCAUUGCUACGGUGCGAGGUCACGGAUGUCCGUGAUGCUGCCGUUAAUGCGCUUGGAAUGAUAAAUCCGGAUGCCCUGAAGGAUCUCAUGGAUGAACUGGUGAUUUACAUUCGUGAAGCAAUAGACCGGAAGCAAGAAAAUAUGCGACGAAGGCGACGCCGGGACGCGCUAAGGUUGCAACUUGUGCGGGUGUUGGAGAAGAUUGCUGACAAUGGGACGUAUGGGGUCAGUCCGUGGGUGCUUGAACGUGAAAGUAUGUCGCUCCAUCCGACUUUUGUGGAGUACAUAGAUGGGGCACGCCUCUACCUCGAGGCGGAAAUCGAUAAGGAGAACACGAGCAUUAGGGAUGUUAAGACCCACUUUUGUGACUUUAUACGGAAGCUCAUCAAGAAUUUUCCACUGGAAGCCUGCGGGACACUCCUUUCACGGGAUCUAAAGAGGAAUUUAUUCAACUUAUUUGCUUCAUGGAGUGGAGAAUUUGCAAAGCCUCUUGGAAUUUCGCACAAUACUGCGUCAUCUGGGAGUUCAGCUGAAGAGGAAAAAUUACAAUUUAGCGCUCUUCAGGCCAUGUCCGUUCUCCUUUGCCGUGGGUUCUGCUUCAAUACACAAUACCUGGCAGAAGAGGGACUUAUUUAUCCUUGGCUCGAUAUGCUACUUGAAUCCAAAGAUGAGAAGAUCUACCAGUUGGCUAAAGACACCGUUGUGUUGCUAUUUGAGUCUAAUCCAGAUAUGGGUCAAUUACUCGAAUGGGCAAUUGAUCGUUGCUACACAGCACUUCCAAGGCAGGCAGAUGCGUGCUUCUUAGCCCUUGCAGCCAUCUUCAGUGCGAGAGAAUAUCCUUGUGACCAUUACACAUCUGUUAUAAAUGUAACACUGCUGAUGACAGGAUGCCCCCGUAUUGCUGUUCAUUCAACCGCCAUACAGCUACUACAAGUACUCGAUAAGAGAUUCUUUGGCACGGUUGGUCCUCUACAUCCGGAAAAUGAGAAGGAUGAAGAACGUCUUGGGACUCUAGAUGUCCUCCUGACCAAUGCUUACUGUCGAUCUCAGAUGUUCCUAUCAAAGCAAAUGGCUCAAUUGCGUCCUGAACUCACAAUGCCCAUGUUUUCUGAAAUUACUCAUCGCUUUCAAACGGCCCGUGCUGAGGUUCGAGUGUCUCUUCUGCAGUGUCUUCUGCCGUGGUUGGAAAAUGUUGAACUUGUUGCCGCAAGUGUACCACCAGCCACCCCAUUGUCCUACAUUAUGUAUUACCCAGAUACAGGAAAUAAAGGACGCAGAGAAGGGUCAGGAUCAACGGAAGCAACGGAAAUGAUAUUAAAUAAUCUCUUCUACAUUACUGUCAAGUUUGCAGACUCCCAUUCAAGGGACAUUGAGGAAUUGUGGGGUACACUGUGUCAAUUCUGGCAAAACAAUCUCAAAGUAAUACUGCGAUAUUUAGUCAUAAUGUCAGGCAUGGCGCCAACUGAACUUUUACCCUAUGCAAAACGAGUGGCUCUCUAUCUCGCCCGGACAUGCCCCAAUCGGUUACUCGAUGAACUAAUGUCGGAACUGCAAAUUGUGGAAACACUUAAUUGCCUCAUCGAACGUACGGAAACACCCCCAUUUUAUCGAUUGACCAGCAUGAGGAAGGCCUCGAGCCAUUCAGAUGGUCCUGCGACUGGCGCUAAUGAUGCUCGUUUGCAGGAAUUGGCCGUGGAAAAGGGGACAAUCCACACAAAACGCCACAGUGGCGAGGAUCCCAUAAAAACAGGAACUUGCAAAUCCGACAGCGGCCUGAGAUCCUUCUCCACGGGCUAUCGACCCCCAAGAGGAAGUGACAAAAUCCGUGCAGCAUCAGGUCCAUCAAUCUUACCCAGACCAGAGGAUGUUAUCACAAAUGAGCCAGAGUUGACACAGGAGGAGGGAUUUGAGUUGAGAUCAAAUGGAGCACCCGUGGCACCGCAUCCACUCCCCAUGCCCGAGUAUGGGGGUUAUUUUGCACCCCUUACGGAAUUCUUACCCGAUAUGAGCUUACCAAUUAGUGGGUUUCAUCGAUGCAAUGUAGCUGUGAUGCUUUUGACCGAUAUUGUGGUUGAUGGUAUUCCGGGAAUUGAUUGGACACUCCACAUUCCACUUAUGAUGCACAUUUUAUUCCUCGGAAUUGACCACACACGUCCCAUUGUGCGGGAUCACUGCAAGCAACUUCUGCUGAAUUUAUUGGUGGUUCUCGCUGAGCACAGUGAUCACCUGAGUGUGGCACGUAUUUUGCUAAAUAGCGAAACACUGAGACUCGGGCUGGGUAUUACGGUGCCAACAUUGCCGGUGAUUCAGCAUAAUUUCACCGAACCUGACCAGGAGUUUGAUAGUUAUCUCUUUGGCCCAAUUGUACCUGCUGCAGUUGGGACACAGGCAGCAUUAACAGGUGGUACGGCACCACCGGAAAAUUACGAAGUACCAUUGAUUGUAACGGAGGAGAAUGCUCCACCCCAGCCGGGACCAUCAAUGCCAACGGCUCAUGUUAUUAAGAGUCUCAUCCUCUUCCUUUCACGUGGCUCCCCACAGCCACUGUGGAAUUAUGAGGAUAUCACAGCGAAGUUGUGGAGUAUUAAAUCCGCCGAACAGCUAACAUGCUUCCUCCAUCACAUUCUCAAGGUCUUCUCAGACAGCUAUCCCCUUGCGAGGAUUUCCGAAAGAUGGUCUCAGACAGCUCUUCAGCUGGGGCUUAGCUGUUCAUCGCGUCACUACGCUGGGAGGAGUUUACAGGUGUUCCGUGCUCUCAAUGUGCCCAUCAAUUCCCGCAUGUUGUCCGACAUUCUAUCGCGCCUUGUGGAAACUGUGGCUGAACAGGGGGAAGACAUGCAGGGUUACGUAACGGAAUUGCUGUUGACACUGGAAGCUGCUGUAGACAGUUUGGAUUCAGACUUUAGGCCAUUGGAUGUGAUGAAGGAUAUCUUCAAGAGUACACCGAAUUUAAACAACAAGGAUGGCACAAAUACUGCAGCAGGUAAGAAAUCCCCAUCGGGAGUUCCUGGAUCACCGUUGACCGCAAAUUUCUCAGCCAAUCAGGGGCAUACACGGAGUACAAGCUACUCCGUGUCCUAUUGCACACGUAAGACAACGUCGUCACCCAACGAUAAGCAGGUGGAGCUGAGAAAUAGAGCAGCUGGUCUCGAAAUAGAGCGAAGUGGUGGAAAGUUUGGUUCAUCCCUAUCGAGAUCAAGAAGUGCCCAAAGUUUGAAACAUCUCGGAGAUACCGGAACGCAAGAUGAUAAAAUGACAAUCUUAGCUCAACUCUUCUGGCUGGCGGUGUCACUCCUCGAGAGUGACUAUGAGCAUGAAUUUCUGCUUGCGCUGCGUCUUCUCAGUCGCGUGCUACAUCGCUUACCGCUCGAUCGCCCCGAUGCACGUGACAAAGUUGAGAAGCUACAGACACAGCUCAAGUGGACAGGCUAUCCAGGUGUACAUGCACUCCUCCUCAAGGGAUGCACCCAUUCGCCAACGUAUGAACAAACUAUCUCCGUCUUGUCCCAAUUUGCACCACUUCUCAGUCUUCCGGUGUGUGAUCCCACACAGAGUUGUGCAUUCCCCCUCAAUGUCAUCGCAUUGCUACCCUACAUGCUGCUCCACUACGAGGAUGCCAAUGAUGUGUGUGUCAGGAGUGCGGAGAAUAUUGCACAGGUUUCCUCAGAGUUGGGUUCAAAACUGGAGAACCUGGGUACAGUGAUGAUACUCUACAGUCGUAAAACAUUCAGCAAAGAAUCAUUUCAGUGGACGAAAUGUGUUGUAAAAUAUUUAUAUGACACAUAUGCGCAUAUGGGGUUGCAUAUGCUGGCAUUUCUAAUUGAGGUAUUGGAGAAGGGUUGGCAACAAGUACAACUGCAAGUGCUAAGUGUACUCCACUGUAUGCUCCACUAUAUUGAUUUAUCAUCUGCUCAGGCACAGCCAAUCAGUGCGGAUUUAUUGCGAGUUGUUGCAAAAUAUCUGGAUAGCGCACACUGGAAGGAGGCAAUGAAAAUACUAAAACUCGUCGUUACACGUAGUUCAAGCCUACAGGUGGUCCCACAAGGUCCCCCAGAGAUAAACUCUUCGCCCUUUUUCAUGCACAGCAGCUAUAGCGAUAGUGAGGUGUUCUAUAAAAAAGAAUUAGCAGGUAGAACGAUGGAUUUCACAUUUGAUGUCUCGCAAACACCCCUAAUUGGACGAAGGAUUCUCCUAAAGUCCGAAUCAGAUGCCCCAAUGGGUGGGGGUGGGGCUCAAGGGAGUGCCCAACAGAAGAAUGGACACCAAAAUCAGGGAUUCCUCGCACAUGCUGGUACACCUAAUUCCCCCAGACGUAGUGCAAGUCUCUCACCAGCUGACACAAUUCCUCUCAGUGGAUGGAAACGUCCCUGGAUGUCUCAGGGACGUGUCCGGGAGUGCCUUGUGAAUCUCCUAACAACAUGUGGGCAACGUGUUGGUCUCCCAAAGAGCCCAUCGUCUUUGACGUUGUUAAGUGGAUCAGUUCAAACGGUUCAAACUGUCAUCUUCAGUCAAUCGUCGGAUUUGAUGGAGCGCCAAUCGUCUGCUGCCUCCAGUACGGACGAAACAUCUGGGCCACAGCAGGAUCUGAGCGGUGGAUCCCGCAGGGAUGAUGGUCAACCUGAUUUUGGGGUAUUCAAGGACUUUGAUUUCCUUGAGUAUGAAAGUGAGAGUAUUGAGGGUGAAUCAACGGAUAAUUUCAAUUGGGGCGUACGCCGAAGACCCCUGUCGGAGGGUGAUAGUGAACCCCUCACGGGAUCUAAGCCACAUUCCCUCGUUGAGGAGAGUUUGAGUGAGAAAACACCUUUGCCACGGCGGAAGAGGCAUCAAGCUGAUGAUUCGUCCGAUGAGGAAGUUGAAUCGGAGUCCCCACUGGAUGAAGAUCAGCGUCCAUUGUUCACAAAACCCUUCCUUACGGGCCCACCGACGUCACUGAGUUUGCGUGAGCAGCGUCAUCGUCGGGAUUCAGUGUCAAGGAGUGAUACAAGUGGUUCCAGUGCAGGAGAUUUGGGUGAUAUUACCCCGUGCAAUGCUUCACCGCAUUUGCCGGGACUCAUUUCCUUCAGGGCACCAAUAAGGGAUGAUGGGGAGGAGGCAUGGCGUCAACAGAUGCAGGCAUUGCUUGUGAAUCAACCAUCAGGGCAUGCUCCGGAGCUUCUGCAGCAGCUCUAUCAGCUCGUGAGGGAACUCACGACGAAGACGAUAAUUAUUUCGAAGGAAUCUGUGCGAUUCUUUACGGGGAUUGGUGUACCACUGGGUGGAAGAAUCUCAGCCAUGAUGGAGCUUUUGGCUUCAAAGGGUGAACCACCGCGUGUGUGGCAUCAUCAGGGGAUCGUCACGACGCCAAGACUGUUUGAAACCCUCCGAUUUGGGGUGCUGGAAGUUCAGGAGCACCUUGAGACAUUCUUUGAUCGCAAAGAUCACGUUUUGGAGUGCCUCGAUUCCGUGAAGACUUCAUGCAAAUUAGCUCUCUUUAGUGAUAUUGAUCUGCAAAGUGAUGCCGCUGGGGCGUCUGGAUUUGCAUUUGAUCCAGCCACAGCGGAGAUUCUCAUUGAUUUAGGACGUGGCUUGUACAAGUUGAUGUUCCAAUUGCUAUUGCUUAUUGAGUCUGACAAUAAGAUACUUCUCAGUAUUGUGCAGAAUUUGCGACAGAAUGAGAAGAUGCAUGACUUCUCAAAGACACUCACCACAAUACGUAGUUCACUGCUGGGGUGCGUUGAUGACACAGAAAUGGAUUCAUUGGAUACGUCAACGUCGACUGAGGGGGAGAAUACCCCAACACCAUCCCCAAGUGUCCCCAUGACAAAUGCCGAGUUUGAGAAUGUUGUCGUGGAAUUGAUUGAGAAUCAGAGAUGGUCUGCGGUUCUUGCUCACGUGCGCCAACAUCGACAACUCACCGCGACGGCCGCCCCCACAUCGCCAUGCGGUGAUGCUACCCUCAAACUUUUUUACACGGAAACACCCUCCGUGCCAGAUGAUGUCACAUUCAUCAUCAACAUCUACUCUCAGAGAUUGACAAAGGAGCGUCAAGAUGUCUACAUAAUUUCACGUACGGAAAAUGAACUCACAGAUACGUAUACAAUUUUAAUGGAAAAUCUCUAUCAUGUCUCAUCGGCACUCAAUGCGAUGGAGCUUACGCUGAAAAAUAGCUCAUCGGGAUCAUCAUUGGGCGGUGGUGGUGGUGGUGGUGUGGCAGCUACUGUGGGAGCAUCAGCAUCAACACCAGCUUUUGGGGGAUCAUCAAAGGACACUGUUGAUAUUAUAACGACACUCUAGAAGAGGGAAAAGGGGGUGGUGCGACGAAUCCGCAGGAAGAGGAGACGCAUUAGAAGGAGGUAUCUGAAGCACAAGCAAACACAGUGCUUAAUUCCAUUUCGGAGGUUCUUAGAUACGAAAGACUAAAAGCACGGCGAUGGAAACUUUUAAUUAGUGCUACAUCUAAAUCACUUUCUCUCACACACUCUCUCUCCCUCCCUCUCUCUAUGGUAAGAAGUUCUCCACUUCUGCAGCUUAUUCGGGGGAUUUAUUAUAGACACCAUAAGGUAAAUUUUUUUCUUUUUUUUUUCUUUCAAUAAUUUUGGUUUAUUUUUUCUUUUUCUUUUUUUUUGAGAAUUCCUCCAAAAUAGUAUUUCAAGUUGAUUUUCUUUGACAAAAUAUUUUUGCUUUUUUUUAAGAAUUAAAAAAUAAAAGAUGAAGAUAAUUUAAAAAUUUUAAUAAAUUAAACUGAACUGAGUGAAUAAAUUAUAAUAUUAAGUCUUAUUAAGUAGUGAAAUAUUAUUAUACUUAAAAAUAAAAUAUGAAAUAAAGUAAUUUCUUAUAGAGCUAAAA